AUGACUCCCCUGGGACUGCUCCCGGCUGUCCCGUCCGUGGCCAUUCUGACUCAAGUCGCAGGGUGCCAUCCCAACUGCCAAUUACCUGCGGCCAUGACCGUGCUGCUAUGCGGCCCAGGCCUGAUGGCACACUCCAGGUUCGACUGCGCUGCGCUCGGUCGGUUCCGCGUUUCGUCGUCGACCGCUGGAAAGUGCGGCCUCGGCGAGCCUGCAAAGGUCCACGUGGAGUGGAGCUCGCCGUACCCAUCGCGCCCCGCCAGAGCCCUGCAGCACCUGCCGAACAAGGCCAACGUCGCGAUGCCGGAGGGGCAGACCUCCCUGCGGCGUCGGGAGCGUCGAGACGCGUGUCAAUGCAGAUGGGGAGAUCCGAUGUCGUGA